AUGGUGGGCGACGCAAUGGGCAGCACGGUGCUGGUGUGCUGCUUCUGGGGAUGGUUCACGGCGCAGUUCCUCAAGAUCUUCUACUACAAGUAUAAGAGGGGCGUGUGGACCCUCAAGGCGAUGGUCGCGUCGGGCGGGAUGCCGUCGUCGCACUCGGCAAUGUGCACCGCGACAACGACGGCGGUGGGGCUCACCGAGGGCUUCGGGAGCCCCCUGUUCGCCAUCGCGAUCUGCUUCUCCUGCAUCGUCAUGUACGACGCGGCCGGAGUUCGCCGACACGCCGGCUACCAGGCCGAGGUUCUGAACAAGGUCGUGAAGGAGAUCAUGGCGGGACACCCCCUGCAGGACCGGGAGCUGAAGGAGGUGCUGGGCCACACCCCCAUCCAGGUGCUGUGCGGUGGGCUCCUCGGAGUCAUCAUCGCCGUCGCCGGGAUCAACCACCUCGGGUUCUGA